CUUUCCUUAGCCUUGUGAACUUACCCCUUACACUUCUUUCUUUGGUUCUCUCUUUCUAAUAUUCUUGAUGUCUCCAAUUGAUGUAAGAUCUCCAAAACAUUGUGACGAGAAAGAGUAUAACUUCAACUUAGAAAAAGUACUCCCAAUUAAGAAAUUAGUCUUUGGCUUCUCUACCAUUUUCCUCUCUAUUCUAUCAUUUAUCUUUCUUCUAUAUCUCACCCUCCAUCCAACGAAGCCAAACUUCACUCUCAGAGAAGCUGAUAUUUAUCAACUCAACCUCUCAGGUCCACGCCAACUUCUCAACUCCUCCAUUCAACUCACACUUGUAUCCAAGAAUCCAAACAAGAAAGUUGGAAUAUACUACGAUGAGUUCCAAGUUUAUGCUUCUUAUAAGGGUCAACAAAUUACUCUUUACACUUCUCUUCCUCCAUUUUAUCAAGGACAUGAAGAUAGUAAUUUUUUGUCUGCCUCUUUGAUUGGGAAUGGACUGCCAGUGGAUCCUUCUUUUGGUUAUGAAGUGCAACGUGACCAAAAUGCUGGAAAAUUGGUAAUGAAUUUGAAAGCAAGUGGUAGGUUAAGAUGGAAAGUUGGAACUUGGGUUUCUGGAAGGUAUAGGUUCAAUGUAGAUUGUGUUGCUAUUAUGCCUUUUGGACCUUCCUUACCAGCUGGUCCCCUCAGUUUUAGACAAGGAGCUCAAUGUUCUACCACUCUUUGAAGCUUGAAGCAAUAAUAUAUUACUACUCCAUACUGGGGUUCGAGUCUGGGAUAUGGAGUGCUCUUUAGUAGGGAGCGCUAAAACCUCCAUAUAUAGUUAGUCAAUCCGAAUUAGUCGAGCCAAAUGGGUCCGAAUAAAGGCCGGAAGCUUGAUGAAAAAUAUAUAUUUACUCAAUUAGCAAGGAACAUAUAAAUCUCAAUAUCCUUUUUUUUUUGGGUAUAUAUGGUUGUAAAUCUUGAUUUGUAUUGGAAAGUUAUUGUUACUUUGAUGUUAAUAUAUUGUGAAGCAGUCUAGUAAAAGUAAUGCAAAGAUAAGUGGUAAGUUAGAAAUGAAAGGGUUCUUUUCCCGUUUGUUUAUCUUA